AUGAGUGCUUCAGCUGAACAAAAACGCAAGAUAGAGGAAAAUAGAGCUCGAGUGUUGGAAAGGUUACAGAAGAAGCGAUUAGGCAAUGACUCAGCUAAGGUAAAGGAGACCCCGUUAUCAGCGGCAAAGACUGAGUCCCAAAGAGAAUCACCAAAGCGAUCACUAAAUCAAAUUGUUGAACCACCAUCUAAUGCAUUCAAGUCAAAGUUUAUUGACUUUGAAUCUGAUGGGUCUGUCAAGAGAUCAAAAACUCAGGAGCAAAUCCAAAAAGUAGAGCAAAAUAGACUUCGAGCAAUAGAGAUACAGAAUAAACUACGAGAACAGCAGCAGAAAGAGAAUCACAAACAUGCUCCUAGCAGAGAAGAAGCAACUUACGGGCCAACAACUGAUUUGGAAAAGAUUCGAUUAAACAAGAAUAAUCCUGAUUCUGUAUUUGAUUCCAGAAAGGGAAAGUUCCAACCUCCCCCAAUUAAAAAGAAGGAUUAUAUUGAAUACGAUUUUGCCACCAUGCAAGAUACUAAAGGUGGGUUUAUACACGAUGAGGAUCGGCCUCGUGUUGAUGAAGAGACUUUACAAGAAUGGAAAGACAAGCAAAAGGAACUAGAGCAAUUGAAAAAGGCAGCACCACCAAUCGAUAUAGACACUGCUCCCAAAUGCUAUGAAUGCGGCUCACUUGAUAUUGAUUUGAACUUGUAUACAAAUUUCGGCAAAGUACGUGCUUGUCGACUGUGUAUCAAGAAGAUGCCGGAGAAAUAUUCCCUUUUAGUCAAGACAGAGUGUAAGGAAGAUUAUUUAUUGACAGAACCUGAAUUGCAAGACUUAUCAUUACUACCGAGAAUUGAAAAGCCUAAUCCACAUGGAUAUAGUCGCAUGCAGUUGUUUUUACGAUUCCAAGUUGAAGAAUUUGCAUUCAAGAAAUGGGGGUCUUCGGAAGGUCUAGAUUUAGAAUGGGAACGACGUGAACAAAACAAAUUAAAGAGAAAGGAAAAGAAGUAUCAGGACGCAUUACGUGAAAUGAGGAAAAAGACGAGAGCUGAAGAAUUUACUAGAAAAUUAAGACACGGUAAGUCGUUGAACGAGAGACAUGUGCAUGAUUGGUCGGCACCAUUGAAAAUGCUGGAAAACACUAUAAAGAGACGAUGUAUUGAAUGUGGUAUAGAGGUUGAAGAAGUUGUUAUAUGA